UACCCAGAUUGCUCUGCGGUUGUGCUGCUUCGUCUCCGUUGUACCGCCAUCACGAGACGAAGCGACACAGUGAGAGAGGUUGAUUUACGUCGGUGUUUCUCUCGCAUAUCAGUUACGUUUCAUCACAAGCCGCACAAAUGAAGAUGGUGGAUAAGAUUGAAAUGAGUCUGGACGAUAUUAUUAAACAGACCAAAGGGUCUAGGGCGCGUGGCGGCGGCGGAGCGAGCGGUAGACGCGGCAGAGGCGCUGGGAGUUCACCUCGUCGAGGAGCACGUAGGGUACAGAGAACCAGCGGUGGCGUCAUGCGGGGACGUAAUCGCGGUGGAAUUGCACGCACCUCUUUACCAUACACGAGGGGUGAUGUAAACAGUGCUUGGAAACAUGAUAUGUUUGAUGGUGUAAAAAAGGUUGGUCGUGGUGCAAUAGGAAAUGCAGGAACGACUAAACUUUUGGUAUCAAAUCUUGAUUUUGGUGUAUCAGAUUCGGACAUACAGGAAUUAUUCAGUGAAUUUGGACCUUUAAAAUCAGCAGCAGUACAUUAUGAUAGAUCAGGUCGAUCUCUAGGCUCUGCUGAUGUCAUAUUUGAAAGACGGGCAGAUGCUAUUAAAGCAAUGAAACAGUAUCACGGAGUACCGUUAGAUGGACGUGAAAUGAAUAUACAAGUAGCUACUUCUGAACUACCAAUCACUUCUGUUCGUGGUCCGAGACUUAGCGGUGUUAAUUAUACACAAAGACCUCAAUCACGUUUUAGGGGAAGUCGUGGCACAGGAUCUAUUAGAGGUCGUGGAAGUGGAGGUCGACGUGGAGGAGGUAGAGGAGGCACUCGGCAAACGACAAAGACACCUACGGCCGAAGAAUUAGAUGCAGAACUGGAAGCUUAUGUGAAGGAAGUCAAGUAACAAUGUUAUAAAAUUGCUACAUUCAAAUUUCGUUCAAUGUGACUAACACAAUACACAUUGUUGCUAUUUCUUUCUCAUGAAAUAUACAGUUAUAAAUCCAAUCCUAUAUAAAUCUAGUAAUGUUAUACAACAAUCAACUUAGUUUUUAUUUUUGACGAUUCUUUCAAAAAUUGGCACAGCAAAUUUUACAAAAUCUUUGCGAACAUUGUUUGUAGAAGUUCGUAGAUUUUUUUUAUAAUAUAGUGAUACAAGAAAAUUAAAAAAGAACAUACUUACAUGAAUUGUAAAGACUGUAUGAAUUUGUAUGUACUACCGUGCGUGUGUGCUCACCAGAUGAAAAAUACAAUGAGAUACAUCUCGAAAAGUUGUUGUUUAUCAAAGUACGGAAUGUGCUUCUAGCCCUCACAAUCUGAUUAUUCCAAAUGCUAUGUCAAAUAUCAAUUACAAAAUCCAUCUUUAGGCUAAUUUACUUAGGAAUCUUAGAAUACAUAAAUAUCAAUAUUUUUAUGUAAUUGUGUGUCCGGAGUUUCUUUAGCUUAAACCUAUAUAUGUGUAGUAUAUAAUUAAUAGUGGAUUAAGGCUGUGACUUAUGUUAACUAGUCAAAUAUUGACGAUAUUUAGUGCACAGUGAUGGAUAUGUAAGACCAUGUAUACAUUUUUGAUCAUGCAGCGUACAAAUAGCAGUCAAACUAAUAAGUGGCGCAAGACUGAAGAAAAACUAUC